ACGGGCCUUUUCUCCUCUCUCUGACUCUAGGUAGCAGCUACCGCUCACCGCCGGCCGCUCCAGCUCCACUCACGGAGCUUUGAGCCGCGGGGCUCCGCUUGACUCGCGGCAGGGUUCAGCCAGCCAGCCUCGCGCAGAAUGGAGGGGCAACGCCGCCGUCGUCGCGCCGUUGUUUGCCAUGUUGGGUGAACGCCGCCAGCCGGCCUAAGGUGGUGACCAUGGCGAGCACUGAGGAGGUGACGGUGUCUGUGGGGGACAUGGUGGUGGUGAAAGCCGAGGAUGAGGCCGAUUCAGACGACCCCAAUAAAACCCAGGUCAUCCUGCAGCUGCAGCCCAUCAGCGCCGGAGACGAGUCUGAGACAGACGCAGCUGUUAUGGCUGUUGAAGCUCAGUCAGAGCAAACCGAGGGAGAAGACGUGGAGAUCGGAUGUCCCAUCACAUGUGGCGACUGCAAAGCUGUGCUGCUGCUCAAGAAGUUUGUUUGUCCUGGAAUUAACGUGAAAUGUGUGAAGUAUGAGGACCAGCUGAUCAGCCCAAAGCAGUUUGUGCAUCUAUCUGGAAAGGCCACUCUGAAGGACUGGAAGAGAGCUAUCAGGAUGGGAGGAGUCAUGCUGAGGAAGAUGAUGGAUUCAGGUCAACUAGACUUCUAUCAGCACAGCACCCUGUGUACCAACACAUGCCGCAGUACCAAGUUUGACCUGCUGAUCAACAACACUCGCUUCCCUCCGGACAGUACCGGCCUCACCACGCCCACAUCCUCUCAGGUUCAGGCGGUGCUGGGUAACGGCGGCUCGCUGAGCGAGGAUCGCAGCGACGUCUUGAACAGGAAGCUGGACUGGAGCUCCAUGGAGUCUGCGGAGAAGAAAGGAUCCAGUGAGAUCUCAGAGGAUACGCUGAACUUCUGGAAGGGCAUCGCUGAUGUGGGCUUACUGGGAGAAGUGGUGACCAACAUCAACACAGAGCUGGUGCAGAUGCUGGACGGCGUCCUGCAGCGCAGAGAGCAGGCCGUCCUACAGGACACAGAUUCCUGUCUGGUAGAGGUGGCCGUGCUCAGUAACCUGGCCCAGGUCUUCGGCCUGCUGGACUUGGUGAAGAAGGUUCUGGAGAAGAGGAAGCAGCAGACGGAUCCCAGCCAGGAGCAGAUCCUCAGCAUCCUGAGCAAUCUGGAAGCUCAGCUGGAGGAACAGAAAAAGCAGCAGCAGGUUCGAGCCCUGCUCUCCUCCCCUCAGACAGCCAAAAACAAACCCGCCACCAAGCGGCCAACCAAGCGGCCCCGCCUCCAGAGGCCCGCCUCCACAACCACCCUGCUGACGUCGCCCGUCAGCCAACAGGCCGCCCUGCAGCCCCAGCAGUUCACCGUCCUGUCCCCCAUCUCGCUGUCCUCUGUGGGGCAGCCGUUCACCGUGGCUGGGCUGCCCAUCGCCUCCUUAGCCCAGUCCUCCAGCACCGUCACCCUGCUGCCCGCCGGCUCCCAGAUCUUCACCCGCUACAUGGUUGCUGGAGAUGGAAAGAGCGACGCCAUCACUCUGCACCCGUCAUCCGGCCUCACGCUGGUGGGCACCACUGCUGUUCAGGACUCCAGCCAGCUAGGUACGGUGGUCAGCCCAGUGGAGCUGCUCCAUCUCAGCCAGCAUGCCGCGGGUGCAGAGAUGGUGCCUAUCGAGGGCCAGGUAGUGGAUGGAACCAUGCUGGUGCAGCAGGAGGUGCUCCAGGGGGAGCUAGAGUCCAACCAGGAGCACACGGUUAUCGAGAUCAACCCCAGCCCUGUAGAGCAGACGGUGGGCAUGAUGGAGCUGCAGCUGGCCGAGGAGCCCGGCCGGGACGCCACCGCCAUGGUGGUCCAGAGCGGGAUCGAGGUUACCAUGGCGACAGAGGACUCACAGUGCCAAAUGCAAGAGGCUCAGACUGAGGGGGUUCAGGGGCUGCAGCUGGAUGCUAACGGACAGUUAUCAGGCGUGCAAAUCGUGGUGAUCGAGGAAAAUACUCAGGAAGAGAAGAAGGCGGAAUAAAGCCAGCGGCGUUUUCUGCAGAAACAGGAAGCUGAACGUUUCUGCUCCGCCUCCUCUGGAUCUGUCUGGUUCAUACUGGUUUGGUUGUUUUUCUUCUGCCUUUGGCCAAACAAAAAACAUCUAACAGGCUGUUGAGUCCUCAGAAAGUCUUGGCCAGAGAGAAGCCUCAGUGGGAGUGAGUCAUUGCUGUGCAGGUAACCCAGGAAGCAGGGAUGUAAUAACAAGCAGCCUUUGGUAGACAUGUAUAUAGAAGAGGUGCUUCAUGUAGAGCAGGAGGAACCUGACUGGGACACCCAGGAUUAACAAUAAGCUGUGGCCUGUCAGGAUCACACCACCCUGCUGGUCACUGGAUGCCUGACCCCCCUACUGGUUCCAUCCCAGCACAGAUCUGCAUGCCAGGCUAUGCCCUCUGGUUGCCUCAUUAAAUCUGUUCAUCAAUAACUUCAAGUUCUGCAUCUGAAUUCUUGCAGAUUUAUCACUGAUUGGAUUAAAAAGAUCACUGAUGUGUCUGAAGUUAGUUUCCUUCCAGACCCUUUGAUCCAAUAAGCUGUGGAUUCAGGAUGUUGCUCUGCUCGCCGUUGGCCUCUUUAGCAGACAGUGUUGAUGUUGAUGAGCCGCCUGUGGUGUUUCCAGUCCGGUUCAGCUCCUCAGGGACUGGUUCAGAAUGUGGCCCAGCUUUUCUCACCUUCUCAACCUCAUUUUCUCUCAUGUUAUUGGAUUUUCGGAGCUUUCUGGCCGACUGAUAGCUUAGAAACGAAAACACAUCCCUGAUGUUCGACUGCCUGUAAAUGACUGAUAUAUUUAUUAGUUUGGAAAGCAUAGAGGUCUGGCCUUUUUGAUGUGCAAAUAUGGAGGAAUUAAUUUAAGUUCUUUGAUACAGUGUGCACCAACAGAUACCUGUUCAAUCAUUUAAUUUAAAAAAGAGCGUUUAAAUACUGAAUUUGUAAUGUGUUUUAAUAUCCGAUUAAAGGAGAGAAAGAAGCUAAA